CUUUCUUCCCCUUCUUUCUUGCUCUCUUUUCUUCUACUCUUGGUCAUUUCUAUCUUGGGCUUGUUUAUAUUUAUAAACAAAUAAUGACCAAUAUUAGUACAGAUUAUCAAGAUAUUCAAAUACGUACACUCACAAAAUGGAUAAAUGUACAGUUAAAAGAAGACUUGGUAGAAUCAAUUGGUCGAGACCUAAGGGAUGGAGUGAUGCUAUUGAGAUUAUUAUCUAUCGUAUCAAAUAAACCAGUAUUAAAGCCAGAAAGAGGACGAAUGAAAAUCCAUGCGAUAUCCAAUGUAUCCAGAGCAUUGAAUUUCUUAAAACAAGAAUUUGAAGAUGAUGAAAACUUACCAGUGAUAGCAAGUGAAGACAUCGUGAAUGGGGAUAUAAAGAGUACAUUAGCCAUUUUAUUCUUUAUCAUGUUGAAAUAUCAAUUUAGUGACAUUUUAGGAGAAACCAAGGCGGAUUGGCAGAAGCAAAAGUCGGAUUACUUUAUUGGAUACGGCUCGAAUUAAAAGAUUAUAUCAACAGUCAGAUCAUAUCAACCAUACAAGACUUCUCAAAGUCAUGGAAGAGUGGAUUACUGUUUUGUCUGUUAAUACAUCGAAUUGAACCAGAAUGGAUCUUACCACUACAUCAAUUGAUACCAC